UCAUUGCAAUCAAACGUUUUUCUCUUCUUCUUCUUCUUUUUCUUCUUCUUCCUCUUCUCUUUUCGGCACUAAAAGCUCAGCUUCUCCAUCUUUUCAAGCCAAAAAAACAAAAGAGAAACUAAUAAUGAGGAUAGAACAUUAUAGCAGCUCUCAGGAGAUACUGCUGGUUGGGGAGGGUGACUUUUCAUUUUCUGCGUGUUUAGCUACAGCGUUUGGCUCCGCGGUCAACAUGGUCGCCACUUCUUUGGAUUCUGAAGAGACUUUGUUGAGAAAGUAUGGGAGCUGUGAAGAGCAUUUGGUGGACUUGAAGAAAAGAGGGUGCCUAGUGCUGCAUGAAGUAGAUGUGCAUGACAUGAACAGACAUCGGAAGCUAAAAAGCCUGAAAUUUGAUGUUAUCAUCUUCAACUUUCCCCAUGCUGGUCAUGUCUCUUGGCUAUGCGAGACAGACGGCAUUCUUAUAGAGAGACACAAGAAUUUACUAAGAGCAUUCUUUGGAAGUGCGAGUGGAAUGGUGAAAGAAGAUGGGGAGGUUCAUGUCACGCAUAGGGAUGACUACCCUUACAACUUAUGGGAAGUGGAAAAGCAAGCUCAAAGGGCAGGUUUUGUUUUGAAAGAGAAAGUUGAGUUUGUGAAACAAAACUAUCCCGGCUACCAUCAUAAGAGAGGCGGUUUUAUUGAGGGCAACAAGAAGUUCCCUCUCGAGGACCCUUUCACCUUCAAAUUUUAUCUUGAUUGCCGAAAAACGACAUCUAGUAUCACUACUGUUUCUGGAAAUAGUAACCACAAUAGGAGACACAGAGACUGUAGUGGUGUUAUCCAAAGCAACAAAGAGUCUACUCUUGAAGUUGAGGCUGAACACCGCCCCUCCAAGUUCUCUCUUGCUCAUCAAGAAACGACAUCAACGGGUAGUAAUAUUAGUAGCAAAAGUGUUACUCUCAAGGAUGACCCCUACACCCCCAAGUCUUCUCUUGAUCAUCAUGGAACUACAUCAACGAGUAGUAAUAUUAGUAACAAAAUUGCCCCCAAGUUGUCUCCUGAUCAUCAAGGAACGACGUUAACAUGUACAAGUAACAAAGACGUUACUCUCAAGGCCGACCCCUUCACCACCUAUCCUCUUCUUGAUCAUCAACGAACGACAUCAACGUGUACUAGCAAUAAAAAUGUUACUCUCAAGGACGCUUUCACCUCUAAAUUAUCUCCUCCUGAUCAAGAAACUACAUUACAGAGUACUAGGAUUUCUCGUCGUCCUCAAAUGCCAAUUGGUCAUGGUACCGAGCGUCAUAAUAUCCAUCAUGAAGAGACAAAUUAUAACAAUAUGGUCGUCAGAGAAAUUGUUGAUGAUGUGAGAGAGAUUUUAGCUUUCUUUAGGCUAUGGGCGGGGUGCGUGCUUGGACUCAUAGUUAAGCUAGCUAUAGCAACUUUUUUCAUUUCUUUUUUUUUUAUUAUUUUUACUAUUUUAUUUUAUUCAUUAUUUUGAAAGAGGAUAUGAGGAUUAGUGUGUGAUGAUCAUAAAGCCAAAAGCUAUACUAGGACAAGAGGGCAAGUUUAUAGUGAGCAGUGUUACUCUCAUUAAAUCCCUUCUGAAACCAAUUGUAAGGCUAAAUGAACUUCCCAACCACUCGUAUAUGUAUCCUUAAAUUUUAAGUUUUAACCCUUGGUGUUAGGGAGGAGUUGAGAAAAUCUUCUACAACGACAAGGGGACAAGUACUUAAUUAGGGGACAAGUACUAAUAUAACUAAUAAAUUAAGAACAUUAUUUUAUG